AAUCAAAUCGAUGAGAUCAUUCUGAUUAACACGGACAUAUCGAUUUCAAAUUGAGUGGGAAGCCGUGUUUAUACUCUAUUAGAUGUUCAUGACCUUCGUCUACAUUCGCUGUCUACCAUUCCACAGAGAAACAAGCAAAUAUUUGACCAAGAUGACCAGUCCCCUUGUGUACGCCACGUGCCUGUCCGUUCUGCUGGGUUUGUCGCUGGCCAUAUGUCGGACAGAUAAUGACUGCUGGGACAAUGAGCUUAACAAUGGUCAGAAGUGUGUCCACUACAACGUACUCCAAAAUAAUUGGAAGCAUUGUAACGCAGGACAGUUGUGCUUCUGUGAGACAGGGUGUAAGGCAGGUGAUGACGUUUGGAUGGACCUACGCGGACCUGAUUCAAUAUGUGCCUGUAAUAACCCCAUCACAAAUGAGAUGAUUUGUAUUGAUAUUUAGAACAAUACAAAUGGAGAUGCGGGCCGAUAUUUAAAGAAGGUUAAUGGAGAAAGAUAUCUGGAUGAUCUGUACUGUUCCUGUUAAUCAAGUCGUUUUUACUUUUUAUGUAUAUGUAUUAAUUUACAAACAAAAAAUAAACGUGUUGUCAUAUAUUG